GGACUGUGCGGACGGUUAAGAAGAAAAUAUCUGCCCCCUGUGGAUAACCUCAAACAAGAGUGAAAUAAACUUGUGUUUUUCUCAAGGCGCAAAAUUAGCUAAGAAUAUGCCGAAAAUCAAGCAACUGGAAAAGUGUAAGCAUCCUAAUAGUCGAAAAACCAAGGCACUAGUGAAGACAUUGAACAGGCAAAAUGCGAAAGAUAAACUUAAACUAGGUGCACAAAUUAAACAGAAUCUUCUUGGUGAGAAACUGCAGUGGUUCCAAAAAAACUUAAACCCAGAUGAAACGAGUUUGUCCCCUUUCGAUUUAGAAUUGUUGAUAGCAAAAUAUCUCGGUCGCUUUGAUGACGAACUAGAACAAAUCAAACUAAAACAUUCAAUAGGACAAAGGAAAAAUAGGCAACAUGCUAAUAGGGAAGAUAUCAUUAAUAUGACCCUAAAAAGCGAAAAGGAAGAGUUUAAAACAUGUGGGAUAGAGUUGCCUGAUUUAUUAAAUCCCAACCAUUUAAAACAGCUGAAACUUUGGACGGGCGAGUUAAGAUUUCUUCAAAAUUUUAAGCUUAAAAGAUUCAGUUUGAGAAACUUGAAAGAAGCCAAAGAAAAGUUAGAGAAAAAAUCUGUAGUUAGCAAUCAAGAACCCGAAGCGACUUUGGAAAGUAGAGCUAAUACAGAUUGUGAAGAUAGUAUGGAUGUAGAUCAUUGAUUCACGCUAAUAAUAACUCCAGUUCAGCAUAUAA